GAAACUGUUGGUAGCAGACAGGUUAACUGCUGUUAAAGUGUUCACCUGGAAUAGUUCUGCCCGUGAUCAGCUUUACUGUUCACCAAUCGUUAUGAGUUCACUCCAGAUCAGUCUCCUCCACUCCCCGCUGGGAAGCUCCGUGACCCGGUGUGCGGACCCUCCUCUGCUCUCUGUCCGCCAGCGAACGGGGUCAGUAUCCCAGAGCAGGUCCGGCACCGAUCGGUUGAGCGUCGGACCCAAGAAACGUCAACCCCGGGUUAUGUCCCUUCUCAGUCUCCGGAUAUUUUCACUCGUUCGCCUUUUCUCGCUUCUGCUCCAGCUUGGUGUGAUCGGUGCCGAAGGCAGCACAGUAUCAGGUGCCCGUGGUUCAUCCGUUUUACUGGAUCCCGGUGUCAAAGUUAACCCCAAGAAGAAUGAAAUUCUUUGGACGUUCAUCUCCAGCCACAAAACUCCUCUCACCAUUUUGCAUCACAUCCCAAGUUUCCCGAAGUGGGCAGAACCCAGUAAACAGUUCAACUUCCGGCUGCAGUUUAUUCAGUCCAAUGGCUCUCUGAUGGUGAACAGAUUACAAGCCGGUGAUCAAGGAGAUUACAGCUUCACGAUGGAUGGACGACAGUUGAAUGUAAUAAGCUUGCUCAUCUUUGACGAACUGCCCAAACCUUCCAUCUGGAUCAACGGCAGCUCUUGGCAUUCCACCAUCCAGCUCAGCUGUAAUGUUGAUGGAGAUUCUCCGAGCUACCAAUGGCGGAAAGAUGGAAGGGAGGUCUCCCAGGAUCAGUUGCUGGACGGUAACAAAAUCCUUGUUAUCCGGAGCGCUUCCAGAAGAGACUGUGGAACUUACACCUGUGUUGUCACCAACCCCGUCAGCACUGUCCAGGCAAACUACUUGCUAACUAUUCACGAUCUUUGUCUGGUGGAGAAUGUGUCUGAAUCAAUUGCCCAUCUGUCAAUACAUGGAAUAGUAUUUUCUGCAGUGUCAUUUAUUGGUUUUCUGCUACUGUGUUGCUUGAGGAAUGAAUUGGAAAAAGGUUCAUUGAGGCAGCCCAAACACUUGUUUUUGCUCCUGUGUACCUGUGAUACUCUGUCUCUUGUUGUUAUCUUCAUGGCCCUCAUUUCCUGGAUUGCAAUAAAAGGAGCUGCCAGUGCAUCUGUGAUUGCCUUGUACAUUGUGGUUGUCCUGCUGCCUUUGAAUGUAUGCCUGACCAUCACCAUUAGGAAUCUGGGCUGCCAGCGUAUCAGAAAGUUCUUAGUCCGCACAGAUUUGCGAGCUUUGAUUUACUUCUGUGGCAUCAUGAGAUUGAUCCCUGCGCUCAUCUUUUCCAUCGUCGUUCUUGCUGAGAAGAUUCAGCAAAGCAAUCGAGUUUGUCACAGACUACCUCUAACCUGGAGCACAGUGGCCCCAUUGGUCAUGGUUGUUGUGAUGAUCUCUGUGUCUUCAAAAGUAUGGUUCAAAAGUGGUGGAGGUUCUUGCAGUGAAUCAAAGUAUCAAGAAGCACCAAAGAUAGAAGUGGUGAAAGAACUCGACUGCAGCAGUUAGUCCUGAUGAAGGGUCUCGGCACGAAACGUCGACCGUGCGUCUUCCUAUAGAUGCUGCCUGGCCCGCUGCGUUCUACCAGCAUUUUGUGUGUUACUACCUCAGACAAUAAUUUUUCUAUCUCUCUUUC